CUUCGCGAUCCCCCACCACUGCUUAUCUGCCGACUGAUGAAUCUCAAAGACCCGACCUGAGCAUCUGCGAAAACACCAUAGCGUGUGCUCCAGCUUACUACCAUGAGUGGCCGGCUCCUGUCAGCCAGGCUGUUGCCACUGGCUCAGAGAAUCAGUAGACCAGGAGCCCGUCAUUUUCACCAAGCCUCAACUUCCGCCGGCGGACUUUUACGAUCAGAUUCGACGUAUAGAAUAGCCCGGCAGAGGAUAUGGCCUGCUGGAUAUACUCCCUUUCAUAAUGCCGUCAUUGUGCGAAAUGCUUCUUUUGCCCGGAUACUACCCAAACUUCUCAUCAAGUUUGCAAGAAUUCCUGCUCUUUUUGCUGGUGCCACUGUUAGUGGUCUAGUAUAUGUGCAAUACCAGGCUACUCGUAUGUUUCUGCACUGGUAAAAGAACUUCUCAUUGCUAAUCUUCUAUCAGAGGCUGGAAACUAUGCGCUGGGCGUUCUGGGAAAUACCGUCGAUACCGUCACCAACGUGGCUGGAGGUUUGUUUGGAAGCGUCGUUGAUAUUGCAGGGCAGACACGAGCAGGUUGGGAAAACACAAAGGAGCAGGUUGAAGUCCCAGAAUGGGUACAACGAAUAUUACGAAUUCAUGAAGAUAUUGGGAAAAACGGCAAUGGUGGGGAGGGAGGCCCUGGUGGGGAACCUCCAAAACAAGCCAGAGUAGGAGCUGCUGCUGCCGCUGGAGCUGGGGCAGCUUACGCUAGUGACUCGUUUUCCGAUGAAGACAGAACCGACGAAGAAGCUGCCAGGGACGAUCAAAUGAUGGUCUUGACCAAGAAAAUGAUUGAAAUCCGAAGUAUUCUCCAAACCGUGGGUCAAUCAAACGCAUUGAACCUACCAUCGAUUGUUGUUAUUGGAUCUCAAUCAUCUGGAAAGAGCUCGGUUUUGGAAGCUAUUGUUGGACAUGAAUUUUUGCCAAAGGGUUCAAAUAUGGUUACUCGAAGACCCAUCGAGUUGACGUUGGUCAAUACUCCAAAUGGCCAAGCUGAAUAUGGGGAGUUUCCCGCUCUUGGUCUUGGGAAGAUCACGGACUUUUCCCAUAUUCAACGAACAUUAACAGAACUCAAUUUGGCUGUACCAGAUUCACAAUGCGUCUCGGAUGAUCCCAUCCAGCUUACCAUCUCCUCGCCAAAUGUUCCAGACUUAUCUUUGAUUGAUUUGCCAGGGUACAUUCAAGUCGUGGGACACGAUCAACCUCUGGAGUUGAAGCAGAAGAUUGCUGAUCUCUGCGACAAAUACAUUCAACCUCCAAAUGUUAUUUUAGCUAUUUCCGCAGCCGAUGUUGAUCUGGCAAAUUCGACAGCUCUCCGAGCCAGUAGAAGAGUGGAUCCACGUGGAGAAAGAACUAUUGGGGUCGUGACAAAAAUGGAUCUUGUUGAUGCCAAGAGAGGAGCAGAUAUCCUUUCUGACCGCAAAUAUCCACUACGUCUUGGAUAUGUUGGUGUCAUACCCAAAGCUCCACAUUCAUCAUCCAGCCUAUUCAAAAAAGGAAGCGGAAAUAUCUCAGCAGCCAUCACCCGAAAUGAAAAUGCCUACUUUUCAUCACAUCCGGUAGAAUUUGGCUCAGAUGCUGAUCUGAAUUUGGGAACCACCACUCUUCGUAAGAAGUUGAUGCAAGUUCUCGAGCAGACGAUGGCCGCGAGUUUGAAAACAACUCGCGAAUCCGUUCGCAAUGAACUUGAAGAGGCAACUUAUGAGUUCAAGGUUCAAUACAACGACCGUCCUCUAUCUGCAGAAUCAUACCUUGCGGAGAGUCUUGAUGGUUUCAAACAUUCUUUCAAGGAGUUUACAGAAACCUUUGGCCGUCCACAAGUUCGUGAAAUGCUCAAGGAAGAAUUAGAUCAAAGAGUUCUUGAUCUUCUUGCAGCAAAAUAUUGGAAUAGACCCAUCACAAAUCUUGGACCUGCACCUGUAGAGCCAGAUGUACUGGCUGAUCUACCUAAAGCCGACCCAGAAUCAUUAUACUGGCACCGAAAGUUGGACUCAUCGACUUCUCAACUCACAAAACUGGGUAUCGGUCGUCUGGCAACAACGGUUGUUGCAAAUGCCAUCCAAACAAAUGUGGAUCGACUGAUUGCCAACAGCACUUUCGCCAACCACCCAUUUGCGCGUCAAGCCAUCACUGAAGCGGCAUCUGGGAUUUUGAACGAGAGAUUCUACAGUACUAGUGACCAGGUGGAGAAUUGUAUUAAGCCAUACAAAUUCGAGAUUGACGUCGAGGAUGGGGAAUGGACCCGUGGACGUGAACAUGCAGCAGGAGUUCUGAAAACCGAACUCAAGACUGUCGAGGAAGCAGUGAAGGAUGUGGAGAAGGUUGUCGGUGGCAAACGCAAACUCAAGGAUGUUAUGAGUUUCGUUGAGAAGGCACGGAAGGGGGAAGUCGUUGUUGGCGAUGAUGGUGCGACAGGUGCGGGAGGAUUCAGUUCGGAUUUACUUUCCAAAGGUAUGUCACUCGCAUUACACUUUUCUAUGUCGAUUCCUUUCCCUUGCUAAUCAUUGUGGCGGUAUAGGUAAAGAAGCACUCUUCCUCACCGACCGCGCCCAACUCCUCCGUCUCCGUCUCAACGCCCUGAAAUCUCCUCAAUGCGCCACCAAAAACAACAAGUACUACUGUCCUGAGAUCUUCCUGGAUGUCGUCUCUACCAAACUCGUCUCCACCGCUGUACUCUUCUUGAAUGUCGAGCUCUUGUCGGAAUUUGUCUAUCAGUUUCCUCGGGAAUUGGAUGUCAGAUUAGGCAGGGGAUUGACCAAGGCAGAGGUCGAGAGGUUUGCACGGGAGGAUGGCAGAGUCAGGGGUCAUUUGGAUGUCAUUCGUAGGAAAGAGUUGCUUGAAUUGGCGCUGGAAAAGAUGGAUGGGGUCAGGGAACUGGAGAGUCGGAAAAGGGAGGAGGGGAGGGGAAGGGCUAGGAGAGAGGUUGAUGGUAAGAAAGAUGGGAAGGGGAAGGGAUGGGGGAUCUUUUAG